AUGAUUAGUGAAAUACAUCGUUUUUUAGAAUCAUAUGAUGUAGAUUCUUCAGUAAGAGCAGUAUUUUUAGAAGGCUCAAAAGAAGGAGAAUCUUUUUCUAGAGGAACUGAUUUUAAGUUUUUAAUAAAUAAUGUGUUAAAAAAGCACCCAGAAAAAUCAUUUUAAUAUCUUCGUAACAUUUAUGAUUUAGCAGUAUAUAUUGGAAAAUACAAUAAGCCAUUAUUAGUAAAUAUAAACGGUCCAAUUACAGGUUCCGCCGCAUCAAUAUUUACUCGAAUUCCAUUAGCUAUGGGAAGCAAACAUACAAAAUUUAGUUUGAACGAAACUCAUUUGGGAUACAUUCCAGAUGCAGGUGCAUCAUAUUACUUAUCUCGUUUGAAAAAUGAUUUGGGAACAUUUUUAGCUUUGACAGGAUAUUAAUUAGAUGGUUAUGACUUAAGCAGAUCAGAAAUAGCAUCAGAUAGAAUGUUUUUAAGCAAUAAGAAUUUAGAGUAAAAUUUUUUAAAAUGUCAUAAAGCACAUGAUUAACAUUUUACUUCAGAACAAUUAAAUGGUUCAUAAAGUCUUUUGGAUAAUUAUGCGUAGAAAAUAUAUCAAGGUAGCUACAUAGGAAUUAUAAAUGAUGAAUUAAAAGAACGUAUUAUUAAUGAAAAUUCCAUUUAAUUCAGAGGCGAAAAUAAAAGACUUGCUUUUGCAGAAAUUCUUUAUAGACAUUAAAUGAUGGGAAGAGCAAAUGCAGGCCAUAGAUAAGAUGAUAUAUUAUACUAAAAAAACCUCUUAAUUAAUCAUUUACAUCAUUAUGAAUAAAACAUACUUUUCGAAGUUAUUAUCUAAAACUUAUAGCUUUCUCCAUCUGGAGUAAUUAGUAGUAUUCCUUUACCUACUAUAGGAAGAUGUUUUGGAGCUAAUACUAUUGAGGAAAUAUUUGAAAGAUUAAAAUAAGAAAACUCUCCUUUUACAGAAAAAAUUAUUAAGAUAUUGAAAUAGAAAUCACCUUUGGCUUUAAAAAUAACUUUAAAAUUACUUAGAGAAGCAUAAAAUUCUACCUGGAAAGAAUGUUUGGAAAGAGAAUAUAGAGUAGCCUGUAGACGUAUAUAAGAUUAGGAGUUAGCUGAAAGCUUUAAAUAUUAUCUUUUUGAAAAUCAUGAGGAAUCAUUUUAAGGUUGGUAAGUAAAGAAUUUCAAAGAUAUUACUAACGAUUAAGUUGAAAGAUAUUUUAUACCUUUUGAUGAAGAUUAAUAAACCAAAAAAAUUUCUGAAUAUAAACCUGAUUUAAAGCCUUUUUCAAUGUAUCCAGUAAAAGAUUAUUAUAAGAAAUAUCCUGACACGGUUCGUUAUUAUUUAAAUUAAGAUAACUUAAGAGAUACUUAUAUAAGAUAAGGCUAAAUGUGGGAUGUGCAUAAAUUCUUGUAAGGAAUUGGUAUAAAUUCAAUGAACCCAUCAAUAAAGGUGGAAGAUUUACGUGAAAAAAUAUAUCUUUAUGAAAAACUUGAAUUUUAAAAAUACGAACAAUUAAACAGAAUGUGCCAAUUAAGCGGCUGUGAGUUUUCUUUAAACAUAUUCUAUUCUACAAGACUUCAAGCAAUUUAAGAAUACUUCCAGAACAUUCCAAAAGUAAAUGAGAACGUCUAAAAAAUAUGUGAGGAAAUUUUCCUUUAAUAUCGUUAGUAAAGACUUGAUUAAUUAAAGGAAAUUUCUAGAAUAGCUUCUAUUGAAAAAAAAUAAGAAUUUUUCUUAAAAUUAAGAGAAAAAAUUAUUAGUGAACGUUUGACUGAAAACUUCCAGUAAGAUCCUUCUGAAAAAUACACAUUGGAUAAUUUCCCAGGAUUAAAAUACCCUACCUUUUUCCCUUCAGAUAACAAAGAAAAUAAAGUUGAAGGACAUGACCCUUAUGUAAAAAACCUUCUUGGCGAUUUAUUAGAUAAAAUAACAAUUGAAAAGAAACAUAAUUUAGUUAAAAACUUUACUUUUGAUAAAAAAUAAAUUGAUAAAGUUGUUAAUGAAAAAUAAUUUUUAAAAGUACUUAUUGAUAGAAUUCAUCUAAAUAAUAAUGAUAGAAUAAAUUAUUAUAAUGUUAAAAGAGAAGAAUAUGAAAUUAGAUAUGGUGAUCCUAGAUCUAAAUCAUUAGAUGAUUGGUACGAUAAGCUUAUUGAAUCAGGAUAUAAGGUUAAUGAAAUUAAAGAUUUUCUUUUAUCUUCUACUACCGAAUAAAUUAAGGGCCUACUUAAAUAAACUACGCCAGAUAACUUAAGAGAUUAUGUCUAUGAGUUCCUUAAUGAUGUUGAAAACAGAUAGAAGGAAUAUGAUGCUUUAAAUCCUGAUAAAUUAAAGCAAGAAUUUGUUCAAGAUUUAGAAAUCGUAACUAAAAAAGGUUUCGAUUAACUUUCGCAAUUAAUAUCUCUUCCUACAGAAGAAGCUUAAAAAGAAAUGAAAUUUAACAAAAACAACCCAAAUUACGUCUAAAAUCUCUUCAAUAAAUUCAUAAACUAUGAUUCAAGUUUAAAAGAAGUUUUGCAAGUAAUAAUAGAGCCAUAACAAGGAAAUAAAAAAUUAAAUAUUAUAGAAAAAACAAGACAAGAAUUCUAAAAAAUACUCAAUACAGUAUUAGUUUCGAAAAUUGACUAAAUAUAUGAUUAAAACAAUGUUUAAUCGCAUUUAGUAACUAAAGAUGGUAUAAAAACUUACUAGUUUAAUGACCCUUAUAUGAAUUUGAUAGACUCAUACAUAUUGAAUAAUCUAGAAUAUGACAUGUAAGAAUAUGUAUCUUCCCAUACUCUAUUUGUUUUCUCAGCUUUGUCUCUUUAAAAAUUAGAAGCCCAAUUCCGAAAGUUAUAUAGUGCAGGUAAAAAAAUCCGUUAGAAUCCAGAUUCUAUUUAAUCAAUAUUAAGAGAAUAUUCUAUAGAUUGCUAAAACAUUUAAGAGUUUUAAGAAUAUACAAAUUACUUAACAAAAUUGACAUAAACAUGCGCCAUUUUAUACACAGCUUAUUAAGAUCAUCUUAUUUUUUCUGAAGAUAAAGUGCUUGAGUUAUAAAACAAGAUCAAGUUCUUAAACGAAAAGCAAUAAGGAAAUUUGUCUUUUACAAAUUAUGCUCUUAUGGCCUUCGAAUAGAGAGAACUUUUCUUAAAUGCACUUUCUUAAGCUUAGUCAUCUUUAUUAGACGAACAAUAAGUUUUAAAAAUAGAUUCAACAGUUUAAAAUAUUACAAGUAUUUUAGAUAAUAAAACAUUACCAAAAGAUGAAAAAAUCAGUCAAUUAUCUGAUGUUCUCUCAUUAAUUGACGAUUUAUAAGAAGGUAGAUAAUUGAUUACCGGCUUUGUUAUUUAUGUUGAAAGAUUAGAUCGAUUAACAUAAGCCUCUAUUUAAGGAAAAGACCAUUAUUUACCUGAAAAAUUCUAAAUAAAUGAAAAAUCUGCUUAAAUACCUAAAUUCUAUGGAACAGUUGACAUUAGAAUGAAUGAAAAAGACUGGAUUUAUCAUAAAGUAAAAAACUUCUUAGAUCAUGUAUUUAAAGAGAGAUAUUAUUAUGAGAAGAAAUUAAAUAAUCACGAUUUAUUAAUGUUAGAUUACGAAAUAAGUAAAUUUUUAAUGCCUGAAAAUAUAAAGUAAACUCUAUUGGAAGAGUUAAACAGGGAUAUGGAAAUUUUAAGAGUUUGCAGAGAUUUCUAAAUAAAAGAAAAAGACAGAAAUGAAGAAGAUUUGCAUGAAUUUUAAAAAUAAUAAGAAUAAAAGAUUGAUUAAAUUAGAAAUCCAAAAGCUUUAGAUAAGCUUGAGGCUUUCAGAGUUUGGUACGAAAAUAAAUAUAGUAAAGAAAAAAUGAAUUCUGCAGAAUUCGAAUAAAUUAUUAAAAUCUAAAAAAGUCUUAUAGACGAAUCUUCAUAGACUCCUCCUAUUGGCUAAAUUUAAACCAAAUAAGAAAUUUAAAAUGCUUAUAUGCAUAUUUUGGAUCUCGAAGAAGCUAAAUAAAUUGAAUAAAAGAAAAAAUUAACUAAAGAUUAAACUUUCUUUGAAGAAUAUAAAAUAGCUGUUGAUAGUUUAAAAUAAUAAAGAUAAUUACUUGAAGGAGAUUAACUUUUAGACGAUAUUAAUUUAUUUAUGAAAUAAAUUAAUAGCUGA